AUGGCGCUGCCGGGACGACACUGCGCAUGCUCACCUCCCGCGGGCGCUCGCCGGACCCCUUCCCUCAACGUUCGGAAGGACCACAACUCCCGGCACGCCCCGCGGCCCGAUUUGCGUCACAAUGCUCCCGAGCGACACCGCCCCCCGGUAAUGGGACAAGGGAGCAGCAGCCGGGAGAAGGAGGAGGAGGAGGAGGUGGUGGCAGAGGCGGGAUGCGGUGGCGUCCCGCAAAAAGCCUCUUCCAUCCAGAAACUUAUUACCGUGUCAGCGAGACCAUCAACAGACUACCCAGGAAAUAUAUACCGCGUGGAAGCCACAAUAGAACAACCGCCUGAGAAAGUUUUUCCAUUUUUGUACCUUCCGGAAUAUCGUACCAAGUGGGACAAAUCUUUACAGUCGUACAAGCUUGUGGACAGAAUUGAUCAGGACACUGCUAUUUAUCACAGCGUUACCCACAGCUAUGGCUUCGGGCUGGUUCCACCAAGAGAUUUUGUCUACAUUUUGCAUAUUAAAAAAUACAACAAUCUUCUUACUACGAAUUCUAUCAGCGUGGAUUAUCCCAAAUGCCCUGUGUGUUCUUCUUACAUUCGCGGUCAAACCUAUCCUUCCAGCUAUGCAUGUUAUCCCUCUCCAGAAAAUCCAGAUCACUGCAGGAUCCUGGCCAUUGUCCAGGUGGAUUUAGGAGGAAUGCUGCUUCCUUCGGUGGUAGAGUCAGUUAUGCCAGCUAGCCUCAUGACCUUGAUCACAGACUGCAGAGCCGGCAUUAAGAAACUGAAGUAACCG